UUUAUACGCGGGUGAUGUUUAAAUGUCACAAUAAUUUGAAGGAAUAUUUUUUUUUAAUUUUCCACAAUAAAUUUUUGAUGAAUUAAUUGCAUGUGUUAAAACAUGUCUGAGAAAAAAGCUGCUUUAGAUACGAUGGCAUCAAGAAAAUUAAAAAUACUUGCAUUACACGGUUAUCGGCAAAGCGGUGAAAUAUUUCGUAUCAAAACUGGUUCAUUCCGAAAAUUAGUGAAAAAUUUAGCAGAUUUUACUUAUAUAACAGCACCACAUAAAGUUUUAAAUUUAAUUACGAACGAUGGAAGUGAACCCGCUGAUGAAACUGCUGAUAACGGUUAUAGUUGGUGGUUUAAUCGUGAUGAUUUAACAUUCAAAGGAUCCAGAGAAGGUGGUCCAGCAAUCGGAUUCCAAGAAAGUGUUGAAUAUGUUGAAAGUGUUUUUAAGGAACAUGGUCCAUUCGAUGGAAUUCUAGGGUUCUCACAAGGUGCUUCGUUUGCUAGCUUAUUAUGUUAUUUAGUCUCUAAAAAUCUAACACCAAUAAAUUUCCAUUUUGCAAUAUUAGCAUCCGGUUUUAAAUCUGGAAGUAUUCCACAUAUGAAAUAUUAUGGACAGCCAAUUUGUAUUCCAUCUUUGCAUAUAUUUGGUGAAAAUGAUCAAAUUAUUCCAAAAGAGAUGAGUUUAACAUUAAAAAAAGAAUUUGUAAGUGAUGAAUUCGAUCCGAUUGAAGUAUUACAUGACGGAGGACAUUUCUUACCAGCCAACAGUAUUUUAAAACCAGCUUAUAUCAAAUUCUUAAAAUUAAUGUUACUACAAAUACAAGAAAAGGACAAGCAAUCAUUCUCAACCUCACCUGCAAAUUCUUUAUAAUAAUUAGACAACCGACUAGCAAUAUGUUGAUAAUAGUCUAAGAGUUGGUAUAAGGUCGACCUUCACCCAUCUGAUAACCAGAUAAGACAUAUUUUUUAUUAAAUUUUAUUGAUUUA